UUCCGUUUAUCCCCGUAAGUGAAACUGAAAGCCAAGAACAACUUCAAUUUUAUUCUUCGAUUACUACGUCCCACUCAUCUUCCUGCGCUAUUCAAUUUUAUUUCUUGUCCUCAGAUUCAAAAUCUUUAAUCCAUUUCAGAUCCGAUAAUCAAAAAUUGCACACAACUGUUUGAAUCUAACAACAAAUCAAAGAAGCAAUGCGUAGCCGGGGAUCCGGUAACCGGCUAGCUGGUGGUGGCAGCGGCGGUUCGGCUUUCACGUCUCGAGUCUCGGCUCUUUUGCUGGCCAUGUUUGCAACCAUGGCCACGAUUUAUGUCGCCGGCCGUCUGUGGCAAGACGCAGAGAAUAGAUUGCAUUUAGUUGAAGAGUUUGAGAGGAGAAAUAGUCAGGUUAAAUCUUCCAUAUCAGCCGACGACACUCUAAAAAUUAUAUCCUGCAGGGAGCAACAGAAGAAGUUAGCAGCGGUUGAGAUGGAUCUAGCCGCAGCCAGGCAAGCAGUUUUUGUUUUAAAGCACUCGGUUAAGAAGGAGGAUAAUCAUUCUAAGAAGAAGCUUUUAGCUGUUAUUGGGACAUCUCAACGAAGCCUUUAUCCAAAAAAUAUUGGCUAUAUGGAUUCGCUUUCUCCACUCUUAACUUUUAAGUUAAGAGUGUGUGCAGGUGCAGCUCUUAAAAAACUGGAGGACGAAAAGGCCAUUGUUGUGCGAUUUGUCAUAGGCAGAAGUGCAAAUAGUGGAGACAGUUUGGACAGGGAGAUUGACAACGAAAAUAGGAGGACUAAUGACUUCAUUGUUCUUGAUGGACAAGUGGAGGCAAUUGAGGAGGCUCCAAAAAAGACAAAAUUAUUCUUUAUAAAUGCUGUAGGGAAUUGGAAUGCUGAAUUUUAUGUUAAGGUCAAUGAUGAUGUUUUUGUUAAUAUUGAUGCCCUAGGAGCCACACUUUCCUCUCAUUUGGAUAAGCCCCGUGUUUAUAUUGGGUGUAUGAAAUUAGGCGAAGUUUUCUCUGAGCCGAACCACAAGUGGUAUGAGCCAGACUGGUGGAAAUUCGGUGAUGGAAAAUCAUACUUCCGACAUGCCUCAGGUGAAAUCUAUGCCAUUUCACAAGCCUUGGCGGAGUUUAUUGCAAUUAACAGGUCUAUUCUUAGAACAUAUGCACAUGAUGAUGUCAGUACUGGAUCAUGGUUCGUUGGACUUGAUGCAAAGCACAUUGAUGAAGGGAAAUUUUGCUGCUCCUCAUGGUCAACGGUUUUCUCUCUCUCUCUCUCUCUCUAUCACACACACACACACGCACACACUCUCUCUCUCUAG